GCUGUAAACAAACAGGGCGGCGAGUGAUGGCGGCGGCGGCGGGCCGCGGCAGCGGCUGCUUUUGAGUGCUCGGUGCCGUCGGCGCGGGGCCGAGGCGGGUCUGGUGCGGGGCCGGCGGCACACAUGGAUGACAGCAAGGUGGUUGGAGGUAAGGUAAAGAAACCAGGCAAGCGAGGUCGCAAACCAGCCAAAAUAGACUUGAAGGCAAAACUUGAAAGAAGUCGUCAGAGUGCGAGAGAGUGCAGAGCCAGAAAGAAGCUGAGGUACCAGUACCUGGAAGAGCUGGUUUCAAGCAGAGAGCGAGCCAUCUGUGCUCUCAGAGAAGAGCUUGAAAUGUACAAGCAGUGGUGCAUGGCGAUGGACCAAGGGAAAAUCCCCUCUGAAAUAAAAGCCCUGCUGACUGGAGAGGAGCAAAGCAAAACACAGCAGAACUCAACCAAACUUGUGAAGACUGGAAAGACAGAAGCAAACAGCAGCAAUCCCUGAGGCCAGUGCAGAACCUUUGGUGCUGCAGCAGUGCUAACUUGGUAGCUAGCAGAAGCAUGCUGUGAUGGGAGAAGUGGAUGCACCCCGAGAUGCAGGGUGAAGGAUUCCCCUUCUGCUGCCUUCACUUUGUUCCUGCCCACGUGAAUCUCUUUGACUGUGGUGUUCCUAAGCCUGCAUGGAGUGGGGCUUUUGAAGUAAUAGGCAUUUGUGUAAGGGGAGUCUUGUUCUUCCUUUCUCUACAUCACCCUCCCCAUAUACAGGUAGGGCAAUUUCUGGGCAUUCUUGAGAAGAGAUGUGGGCUACUUUUGUGUCAGAGCCCAGAAUGAGACUGGCAUUGUGCCUAGUAGUUUGGUUUGUAACCUUUGUGGGAGUCUGAGAGGUGCUGUGAAAUGUAAAAGCAAGAGGAGGAUCUAGUAAUGGCUUUGCUAAGGCUGAAUGAAGAACUGUGGAUGAAGGAGAAGGAGCCUGAUCAAAAGCUUUCAGUAAGCAUGUAAUGGUAACCUGAAUAAAGAUGUUGCUCUCAGAAUCUUUUUCUAAUGCAGUAUGGGUUUGAUAUUAUUGGGACCCUCAAAAAGAAGUACUAGAUCUACUCAGGACUUUGCCCAUACUUCUUUCACAGGAUGCAUUUCUCACCCCCCCAUACUCUCAGUAAGGGAGUCAAAGCCUGUCUUUCCACAUUGCUUCAAGCAGUGGAACAACCUCUGUCUCCUACCCCUUGUGCCCUGCUAUAUUUCUGUAUCUACCUACACUUUGGGCCCUUUCUAGGCUGCAGCUUCACCUGAAUCCUGCUGUGCUAUGGUUUCUCGGCCAAAAAGAAUGCCAAGAACUGGUAGCAAGGAAAAAUAAGCUGCACUGAUUUGGUUUUCUGAUGCAAACUGAUGGCAAAAGUCUUGUGAGCUGAUUUCCUCAUCCUAGCUAUUGACAGGUAACUCCCCGCUUUCCUUUAGACUGCUUUUUCUCCUGUAUGAGCUUUUCUGCCUUGAUCUGAUCAAUGUGGAGAAUGGAGCUCUCCAGAUUUUCAGCAGAGGUUUAGCUUGCUCACUCUGUGACAGUGUCUGCCUUUGUGUGUUGUGAAAUGCAUGGAACUUUUUUUUUUUUACUCUUAUGUUUUCUUUUUUGUUUCAUAGAAUAAAUAUUAUAAUGAAUGGCUUCACUA